CAAACAAACGGAUUUGGUGCAUGUAAAGGGACCAGGCAAAGACUGACUCCUGCCUCACGUAUGGGCUGUUCCUGCUCUUGCCCCAGGCCAAGAAGAAAUGGUUCGUGCCAAGUGGAAGGUGAUUGUUUCACUGAUCCUGUUUAUGGUCAGCCCUGGUGAUGGACUGUUUCACUCCGUAUACCGAAGUAUCCUUGUUUCCCAGUCCUUCAAGGGGAAUGCAGGACAGCCUCUUUUUCUUAGCCCGUACAUCAAAAACGGGAAGAUCAAGGAGGGGCAAAGGAAGAGCAUGGUCAGUCCGUUCCCUGGAAUGAAUGACAAGAGUUAUGCCGGCUACAUCACGGUGAACCAGACUUACAACAGCAACCUCUUUUUCUGGUUCUUUCCGGCUCAGAUGCAGCCUGAGGAUGCCCCAGUAGUCCUCUGGCUUCAGGGUGGACCUGGAGGUUCAUCCAUGUUUGGACUCUUUGUAGAACACGGGCCUUAUAUUAUCACAAGUAACAUGACCGUUGUUGCCAGAGACUUCCCUUGGACCUUUACCCUUUCCAUGCUCUACAUUGAUAAUCCGGUGGGUACAGGCUUCAGCUUCACCGAUCAUUUCCAGGGAUAUGCCACCAGCGAGGAUGAUGUAGCCCAAGACUUGUACAGCACCCUGAUUCAGUUCUUCACGUUGUUUCCUGAGUAUGCAAAGAAUGAUUUUUACAUCACUGGCGAGUCUUAUGCAGGGAAAUAUGUUCCGGCCCUAGCACACUAUAUCCACUCCCUCAACCCUGUGCAGAAGUUCAAGAUCCGCCUGAAAGGAAUUGCCAUUGGAGAUGCAUACACUGAUCCUGAAUCGAUUAUAGGAGGGUAUGCGGCAUUCCUAUAUGAAAUUGGCUUGUUGGAUGAACAGCAGCAGAAGUACUUCCAGAAGCAGUGUAGCAAGUGCAUAAAAUACAUCAAAGAGCAGGAGUGGAUGAAGGCCUUUGAAAUCCUGGAUAAGCUGCUAGAUGGAGACGUAACAACGGGUUCAUCUUUCUUCCAGAAUGUGACAGGAUGUACCAAUUACUACAACAUUUUACAGUGCACGGAACCCAAGGACCAAAGUUACUUUGCAAAAUUCUUGAUGCUCCCCCAAGUGAGACAAGCCAUUCAUGUGGGAAACCAGAACUUCAGUGACGGGGCUGAGGUGGAGAAGCACCUGCGAGAGGACACAGUGAAGUCGGUGAAGCCCUGGCUGUCUGAGAUCAUGAAUUACUACAAGGUUCUCAUCUACAAUGGCCAACUGGACAUCAUCGUGGCGGCUGCCCUGACAGAGCGCUCCUUGAUGGCCAUGGACUGGAAGGGAUCACGAGCAUACAGAAGAGCACGUCGAAAGGUCUGGAAGAUCUUCAAAUCUGAUAAUGAAGUGGCCGGUUAUGUGCGGCGUGUGGGCAAAUUCCAUCAGGUAAUCGUCCGAGGUGGAGGACACAUUUUGCCCUAUGACCAGCCAAUGAGAUCUUUUGAUAUGAUCAAUCGUUUCAUCUAUGACAGAGGAUGGGAACCUUAUAAUUUAUAAGCUACUUUCC